CCCCGACACCCCCCAGCUCCUCCGCCGCCCGGUUGCGGCGUGCCGGUUGGUGCCGCCCCGCCUGGUGGGAGGAGGGAACGCGGCUGUGUCUCCCGCGGCGGCGGCGGCUGCUGCUGCUGCAGGCGGAGCGGGACCUCGGGCGGCUGGCAGCGCCUCGGUGGUGGGGGCUGGAGGUGCAGACCCCUCCCCUCGGCCCAGUUCGCCUGGCGGCAACAGGCGUCACGUCGGUGAGAAAACAUGAGCCGAGAUUUCAAACCCGGAGACUUGAUCUUUGCCAAGAUGAAAGGUUAUCCCCAUUGGCCGGCCAGGGUGGACGAAGUUCCUGAUGGAGCAGUAAAGCCUCCUACGAAUAAAAUGCCUAUUUUCUUUUUUGGCACCCAUGAGACGGCGUUUUUGGGACCAAAGGACAUAUUCCCUUACUCUGAAAAUAAAGAUAAAUAUGGCAAACCAAAUAAAAGAAAGGGUUUUAAUGAAGGGUUGUGGGAAAUUGACAACAAUCCCAAAGUGAAGUUCUCUCAGCAGCAGUCCCAUCCAGCCGUUAACACUCCUAUCAAAGAAACUGUUCAAGAAGGCAGUCAGGAGCCUGCUGAGGGGAGUGAAGAAAAAGCAGGAGCCAAAAGAAGAAAGUCUUCUGUCCCAAAAUUAUCCCCUAAAGGGGAUAAUAGCUCAACUGCAGAAACUGAAACAGAAGAAAAGGAGAUGGAUACUUCAAAGGAAGAUGAUCUACCUUCUGAAAGUAAAGAAGAUGUGGUGAAAAGAAAUGAUGCUUCUAUUGCUAAAGUUGCUAGAAGAGGAAGAAAAAGGAAGGCUGAAAAACAAGCUGAAGCUGAGGAAGCAGCAGCAGUGGCAACGGCAGCAGUGGCAGCGGCAGCAGUGGCGACAGCAGCUGCAGCUCCUGUGCCAGUGUCUCCAAAAGUGAGCCCCAAAAGAGGAAGACCAGCAGCUUCUGAAGUAAAGGUUCCAAAACCAAGAGGGAGACCCAAGUUGGUGAAACCACCUUGCCUUUCAGAGAGUGACUUUGUUAAUGAGGAGGAGAAGGCAAAGAAAAAAGGACCAGAAGAAAAGCCCAAAAAGCAAGGCAAAAAAGAUGAGGAAAGUCAGAAGGAAGAGGAGAAAUCAAAGAAGGAAUUUGACAAAAAGGAAGGAAAGAAAGAGGCUGAACCAAAAAGGAAAAAUGCUGCAAAAGUGGGUUCUGCAUCAGCUACUGAUUCUGAAGAUGAUGGAGAACAAGAAGAAGGUGACAAGCAGAAGAAAAAAGGGGGAAGAAGCUUUCAGGCAGCUCAUAGAAGAAGCAUUGUAAGAGGCCAACAUGAGAGAGAAGUAACAGAAAGAAAGCGUAAGCAAGAGGAACAGACAGAAUCUGAAUCGCAGAGUAAAGAAGAAGGCAAGAAAACAGAAGUUAAGAAGAUGGAGAAGAAGAGAGAAACAUCAAUGGAUUCUAGGCUUCAAAGGAUACAUGCAGAAAUUAAGAACUCCCUGAAAAUUGAUCAUCUUGAUGUGAACAGGUGUAUUGAGGCUCUCGAUGAGCUUGCAUCCCUUCAAGUCACAAUGCAACAAGCUCAGAAACAUACAGAGAUGAUUCUGACUCUAAAGAAGAUACGGAAAUUCAAAGUUAGCCAAGUUAUCAUGGAGAAAUCUACCAUGCUAUAUAACAAGUUCAAGACCAUGUUUCUGGUUGGGGAAGGAGAUUCUGUUCUUUCCCAAGUACUAAAUAAAUCACUUGCUGAGCAGAAGCAGCAUGAGGAAGCCAGCAAAACCAAAGAACAGUGGAAGAAAGGAGCAAACAAAAAAAUGGAAAAGGACCAAACAGGUUCAAAGGUUCUCAAUGGAGGGUCUGAAGCUCAAGAUACCAACCAGUCACAACACAACGGAGAGAACACAGAGGAAAAGAAAGAUAGGCAUGAAGCUGGCAGUAAGAAAAAGACAUGUGGUGAAGAGAGAGAGCUUGAAAAGCCAGCAAAAGAUUCUGCCUUUGAAAGCAAAUGACAUCACUGGAGUCUUUUUCUAAAAUACAAAAUAAAGGGGAUUGUUAAGUUUUGCAUUUCAAAUCUAUAGACUGCUGAAAGUUUAAAAUAAUUUUAUAAGCAUAGUAUUUUAAAGUUAAAUUUUGUGGAAUAGAAGCCCCCUUUAAUCUUGGUUUAAAAGUAUUUAAACACUUCCGCCAAUAGUUUUGUCCAGUAUUAACAGGUAACACAUUUCAAAAGAUGAAAAUUCCAGUUAGAAGACAUAUGCUUACAUGUUACAGGACUUAGAGUUGUAGUAUAUUUUUACCUGACUACUGUAUGUUUGUCUAGCUAAUAGCAGGAAAAAGUGUAAAUACUUUUAACUGCCCAAUUGCUUCACUUGUAUAAAACCUACUCUCUUCCUAUGAUACUGACCUCUGUUUGUGCAUAGUUUUUCAACUCUUGUUAGGAUGUCUUUUAACUGUGUUUUGUAGGAGUUGGAACUGGCAUUUUUAUAGCUGUUAAAAUGUUAAUGUAUGAGUAUACUUAAUCACUUUUUCUAAACAAGUUUAGUUCUGUUCUUGCAAAACUCAUUGUGCCAAUUUACUGCAACAUGACUUUAUGGUAUGCUUUUGCUAUAAUAAGUAUACUAGAAAGAAAUGUGGUGUUCCUACAGAACCUAUUGAUGCACACUGGUUGGAAAACACUGUUUAGUUUACAAAAAUAAAGAAUUUAAACUGAUAAA